AUGGCCACUCCCGUCAAAACGACUACCAUUGGCGGUCCUCCAGUAACCGACAGCCCAGGUACUUGGCGUCACCCACGACUCGACGAGAUCGCCAGGCGUCGUAAUGCGACGACCUUCUCCGAGAAGAAUGUGCGCCAGAUCGCCUAUAAUGUCAUUGCGCUGCUAGGAUUCUGCUGUUUGCAGCUCUUAGCUAAGCUCAACAUUGGUUCUGAAGUUGUUCCUAGCUCUUUUAGGACAUACUUGAGCUGGGCAUGGUUCGUUCUCAACCUCGUACCAUUCAUCAACAUUGGCAUCGCGUGUCUGCCCUUGAUUCGACCGAAAGAUGAUCUCUCCGAUAUCCCUCUGACACCUGCUCAGCGCAAGCUGCUGGGCCUUGACCCCUCCUCAACCGCCCCGACCCCCGAUGCGAAGUUCAGCACACCUCCUCGAUACUCACGCACACCUUCCAUAGGUGGCUCUGUUGGAAGCCGAGGAAGCUAUAGCAGCUCACCUCUUUCUGGGCGAGGAAGUCCUCUCGUACAGGGAAUGGCUGGCUCACCGUUGGGCAGCCCUCUUUUCCAGAAGAGCGUCAACAGUUUCGGCAAUGGAAGAAGGUCUUCUUUUGGAUCAACGAGCCCAUUUGCGGCUAGCUCUUCUUCCAACCUCUUCUCAGAUCCUACUUCCCCUGGUUCCGCUGGGGGCAAGCGAACAAGUGUCGGGCUGAACAGCAAGUGGUUAUACGAGAAGGGACGGCGACCAUCAGGUAAUGCCUGGAACUUGUGA